CCGCCUCCGAAGAUCACCCAAUCAGUUUGGAUUUAGACAACCUAAGAAACUGCAAAAUGUUCAAGCUUUCGCUCUGCCUGAUCGCCGCCCUUAUGCUGGCCAAUGUCCAUGCGGAUAACAUCAACAAGGAUGCCCAACCUAUCAGCUUGAAGAACGAUCCUGCGGAUGCGGAGGGAAACUACGCAUACGCCUUCGAAACUAGCAAUGGAAUCCAACAACAGGAGGCUGGCAAUGCCAACGGUGCUACUGGCGGCUCGUCCUAUGUUUCUCCCGAGGGUAUCCCGAUCUCGCUGACCUACGUCGCUGAUGAGAACGGAUUCCAGCCCCAGGGUGACCACUUGCCCACUCCCCCUCCAAUCCCAGAGGCCAUUCUGAGGGCCCUGGAAUACAUUGCCUCCCACCCACCCGCAUCUCAGUAAACCCCAAUUGGAUACCCCAUUUCUGGCCUAGUCAUUGCUAUUGCGGCUAAAAUGAGUAAUAUCUAGUUAUAAAAAGCGUGUACAUAAGCAAAAUCAAAAACUCCAUAAAAUUUACAUAAAUGAUCAUUUCAACCUA